UUAGAAAUACGCAGCUAAGCCCAGCUGGACCUACGGACUCAGAGGGUGCUCUGAGAAGAUCUGUCAGAGCCUCUGGUUGUGGUCUCUGUGGUGACUGUAAAUAUACUUCCUCACAGCGGAAGACACUGGGUAAGCCAAAGCAAAACAAAAGUAGCCCAGGGCCAGAGCAGCCAACAGUUGAGUUUAAGCUUGGAGCGAAAAACCCAGACCCUGACGCUUCUCAGAAGAUUAUUAUAUGGAUAGACCCGUAUCCAAAGGUUGCACUUUAUGACAUUGCCCAAAAAUGUGAUGCCGGCAUGAGGGACAGACCUAUUGAGCGGGUUCCUGGGCCAGAAUAUCCCCACAGAGGACCUGAGCUUUGCGGAGACAAGAGAAUAAAGCUCGGGGACAGUGGGGAGGAGGGGAGUUUGCCAUCCACUCCAGAUUUAGAAAGCAUCAUUUGCAAAAACCCAAUAACAAGUGACUCUAAAAUCCAAGAGAAAACACACUCCUGUGAGUCUCAUGACAGCCAGUCCGGUUCAGAGCGUGUUAGAGGUGUUGCGAGCAGCUGCACCUUUGGCCCAGAUGUGACAGUAAACAGUAUCCACGAGAAACAGUUCUCUGAAACCGAGAGUCCCACUGAUCCGUUCUCUCCGAGCGCCGAGUUGGACACCGGUGAACCAGAGUCAUUCACUUGCCAAAGAGUGAGGGUCUAUUCAAGAAAAAUCCACUCUUCAUGUACACGCACGUACAUGCCCUGGCCCUUCUCCAAGAGCAGCUGGACUCUGACUUCCCAUGCUGAGACCACAGCCCACCAUGCAGAGUAUUUCGAUCCGUUCACUAAAGAUAACUGUUUCUCUUCAGUGAAUCAAAAUCAGUCGGAUUUAUCAAGCAAGAGAACCAAUGAUGUGAUUCCACAUCUGCCCGCAGACCUUUCUACUGAUGGCCUGACCCAUCUCAUUUCUCAUCACAAUGAAAAUAAGAAAGAGCAUGAUGGAAAAUGCUUUUUAGCAGAGAGAAAUGGGGUAGCACAAGGCGAUAUGUCUUCAUACUCCUCAGAAAGAAGAGACAUGGAGUUCGCGCCUCAUUUAAUGGACGCUGAAGAAUCAAAGGCCAGCCUUUCUUCAGAUACAGCUUCAUUAUCCAUUCCAAGUCAGCAUGGGGCAGUCUCACCCUCAUCUUCAGUGGUCAGUGGACCUAAAACUGACAGCUCCAUGUCCACCCCUUCCCCCACAUCACUUGGCCUGAUAAACUGGGAUACUGCCACCACUAUGUCAUCUCCGUUCACGCUUAGUGGUUUGAGCAGACUCUCAAACCUGCCGCCUUCAUUGUUCUUGCCGAACACAGUCACAAGAAUUGAGUUCGCUGAGGCUCAUUCCGCCGGCACAUCACCAGGGCCACCUUCACCCACAUGUGCGAUCAAAUCUGUUGCAAAGCCACUCCCCACCUGUGAACGCACCCCAAUGAUUUCAUGUCACACUUCUGAAUCCUUCCCUUCACCUGAAUUAUCGCUCACCCUCCUCCCUCAAGAGGAACGAGAUAGUGAUGGAGAACUUCUUACCGACAGGUUCCCACCAAAACUUGAGCCCUUUUAUAACACAAGCCCCUAUAAUCCUCUCGCGCCCGUGAAAGAGAGGUCUUUGCACAACGUCUCUACAGAAAACUGUGUAGAAAAUGACUCGAUAAAAAAGUUCAUGCUCCCACCAGUGCUCUCUCCUGUCACGUCACCAAAACGGCAUUCGCCAAGAAGUAUUCUCCCAGGCUUAAGCUCAGACUCUUCAGAUGAAGAGCCACUUUCCCAGGAGGAGGAGGAGGAGGAAAUAAGCAAAGAACCAAUUAAACACAAAAUGUUAAUUGAAUUUAACAGUCCACACAUUGUCAAUGACAAAACUGAAAACUUAGAGGAUGGUCUUGAACAUGUUAGUAAAGGUAUUGAAGGUGUCUCAAGGGUAUUCAAAACUCUGAAUACAGUAAGGAGUGAACUGCAGUCUUCGCCCUGCAAUGAUGAAGAUUCAGACAAUGAUGGCGAUGAAGAAGAAGAAGAAGAAAGCCAAAAUGAAACUGAUUAUGAGGAGGAUUUCGAGCAGGUUAACAAAGUUCACUCAGACACUAAAAUAACGGCAACGCGUUGCCUGGAUUCUCUGGCAAGCGAUCAGGAUGAUGGUGGAGCCUACAGUGAUGAGGAGCGGCCAUGUUCAUUCAGAGAAGAAGCGUCAAGUCCGUGCAACUCAGCAGGUGGUGAAACGGAUCAAAUGUCCUCUGAGGACAUUUUAACGGAGUUCACAGCUUAUGAACAGGACAUUCUGCUUGUUGAUGUGAUCCAGGACGACCCAGAGCUCUUUGAAAACUUGCCCCAGAGAAGUAUACUGAAACUGGGGCCCAUCAGGGAUAUUAAAGCCUCCAAAAGCAGACCUAUUGAAGUGGUUAAAACACUGUUCGCUAAGAAAGACGGCGCGCCAAUUAAUUCAGGAAAAAGAUUGACUCCAGUUAAUAUUGAUUUUCAAUGUGACAGUCCUGAUAACAUGGAUGAGAGCAGCAGCAGGUCAUGGAGACCUCAGAGUAACGGCAACCCCACCACAAAGCAAAGCAGCUCAUGGACUGACCAAGAAAAGCAUACCAAAACCUGGGAUCAGUAUGAUGCCAACAACAAUCAUGUAAACGGAGGCCUGGAAAGGAUCACACCCCCCCUCAAGACCGUGACCUCACAGCAUAAUCACAUCCCUACUCUGAAGACCAUAAAAAAUGGGCCAAGGAACACAAACCCAGCAAACGUGGUAGAGUUAAGGCGCCAGCAGUCUAAUUCUUACUGCAGGCAAUACUUCAGUGAGUCGCUGUGCUGUAGGUUCAAGAUGUGUUGGUUCCUGCAUGUACCUGUGGAUGGGGAUGAAAAGUUUUGCAUUGAAACUGUGAUACGGUUCACCAAAAAUCCAAUUUGCCUUCAAAGAGCAGGAGCUGUGUUCACAGGCUACUACCAGAACAACCCACCAGGAGUGUAUUUUUCUAAGCCAGUGCUGUUAUCACUCCUCUGGGCUCUGCUCAAAGCUGGCAUGGUGUCUGACAUCUUCUCAGUCCUCAGCAUCAGCUUGGCCCACAAGAUAGUGCCUGGACAUGAGUUCCUGUUGGCCCUCUUCAACUACGUGAGAGAAAAGAGUCUCAUUGGUCUUUUGCCUGAACUCAUGCAACUCACACUUAAGUUGGCGAGUGCAGGCCUGGUGCUGAAUUUGGACUGCCUGGACUGUGUAAAACACACUCCAGAGUUCCAGCAAACAAACUCUCAUGUUUCAGGGUCUGGCAGUGGCACCCACAAACUAUCCGCCAGUGCCCCCUUUCCAGAGUACUUGAAUUGGGCCCAUUCUAUCGUGGAAAUAGAGCUUUGUGCCAAGCAAGAGGACUGGAGGCGGAUGGGGGAGGUUUUCAGGUCCAUCUGCCAAUCCAGCCAGCGCCCCAACCAAGUGGAGCGAAUCAGUGGGCGUAUAACUAUAGCGCUGCUGUCUGAGAGCAAAGACAAGCUGUCACUGCCCUUUGCUGCAUUUGCUGAGACUGUUUGUCAGAAUGAAGAGGAGGAAGGCCUGAACAGGAGUUUUUUGGGCAGAAUUGGAGUCUCUCUCAUGUUAAGAUACCACAAAACACAUCAGUGGGCCAAGGGUCGCAGGGUGGUGGAGGUGCUGUCAAAUUGCAAAGUAAACUACUCCAACCUGAAGGGAUUGUUUGGGAAUGAAGAUGCAACAUCUCGCUGCUUCCUGGUCACUGUGGCUACUGAGCUCUACCUGCUGAGUGGAAGCGUGGAGGGAGCUCUAAACACACUGAGAGAAAACAAAUGGUUUGUGAGUUCAUCUGCGUGGCCGUGUGAGCCUGCUGAUCUGGAGAGCAGGACUCGUGUGUUGAUGCGUCUGGCUGAAAAGUCUUCUCACAGAGACUCGCUGGAUGUCCUCAGUAAUCUCCCAGGACUGAAAGAGUCAAACAACUUGGUCGAUAUCUCCAUGUAUGCUCCUCUGUUUAACUCUCACCUGCAAGUGUGCUUGGACAGACAGACACUUCCCGUAGCUUCAGAUACGGUCGACUUCAUGUGCUCUAAAAACCUGGCAGUGGAUCAAACUAUGCUACAGAAACUUUUACACAAACUAGGCAAGCAGAACCUCUGGCUGCGUGCACGAGAAGUCUUCAGACACUCUCUCAGUGUGGGGUACUACCCAGGUGUGUCGGCUCCUCCUGGUUUCAUGUCACUGAACGUACCCUGCCGACUCGGGGAGGUGGAGCUGGCUCUCUCCUUUGAGAUGUUCAUCACUGUCAAUACAACUGACCUCCUCCACCUGCCAGAGAACACCACCUCCUGUCUCAGCAUCACUCUCAAAAGGACUCAAAGCUGUGAGAGCGAGUACCUUGCCGCUAGCAGUCGCCUUCUCUCUGCAGCUUGCAUCCCUCAUCCCAAACUCGAUGUUCUCUACACAGCUGUGAACUCUUCACAGGAGCAAGUUUUCACCCUCGAUAUUGCCUCUGCUCGAGCUUGGCUCCGUCAGAAUCAUUUGUGGGCCCAUGAGGUGUGGACGCACUGAACGAAGCGCUGAACCAAGCCCCUUUAGUCCCUCAAGUACUUCACCUUCCAUUCCAUUGAAACUUCUAUUUCCAGAGACAACGUUGACUCUUCGGGGGGAAAAAAUGGAUGAAAUCAGGAAAACCAAUGCAUGUGUAUUUCUGUUGGCUGUAUAUUUGUUACACUAAAAUUCAUAUUUCAAUUUGAUUAAGAAUCAGACAUUCCGACCAAUCCCAGUGACUGACGCCAGAACUUUACACCAAGCUAAUAACUUAUUUUUGUUCCUGUUUGUUUUUAUAAUAUGUUGAAGGGUUGCUUUUGUUUAUUCCUUGUUUCCUGGGGACUUCAUGAAGGUGAUUUGUCUUUGAUUAAUGUAACUCAAUGUUUUUGUGAUUUAGUAUUUGAAAAAAAAUAACACUUCUAUUGAGGAAAAGAGCCCAGCAUAAUAACUAAUAUCAGGUUAGUAUUUUUGGUUUAUAACAUAAAUGUAAAUAACAUGAGUGUGAUAUUUAAAAUGGUGUUUAGUCUUUGACAGUAUUACGUUGCUGUAUUGUACUAGACUGUCAGAACCUCCAUUGUUGCUUGUUCUAGAGCUGCCAUUUACAUUUCAUUUGUAUGUAGUUUUACAUAAACCAAAAAAGUUGUUCUGCUCCAAGAAGUUUGACUCUGUAUUGUUUCUUCUAUAAAUAUCAUCAGACUAUUACCAUAAACUAAUGUUCAUUUCUAAUUUUGGGAUUA